AUGUUUAAAGGUUCUUCAAUCAAAAUUUUACUAAUUGGACCACAAUAAUCAGGAAAAUCAAGACUUGCAAAUUAUAUAGCCGAUAGAGAAGAUAUUUCAUAAAAUGGAUAUAGACCUACAGCAGGAGUUAGAAUUUUGGAAUUUGAAAAAGAGGCACCUAAGAAUCCUAAAAGACCUGGCUCAGAAAAAGUAAUUGUCGAGCUUUGGGAUAUGAGUGGAGAUAAUAAAUAUGACUCCUGUUGGCCUGCAGUAAUGAAGGAUGCUCAAGGAGUUAUAUGUGUAUACAAUGCAGAGAAUCCUAAGCACGAAUAAGAAUUAGAAUGGUGGGUGAAUCAAAUAUCAAAGAAAGCUGGUAUUCCUGCUGCUCAAAACGUUGUAUUUGCACAUCAUUUGACAGGAAAGGCUAUAAAGGGAUAAUCAAAAUUGCCAAAAUCAUUAAGUAGUUUAACAGUCCAUGAUACUUCCAUUGAAGAGGGGAAUCAGACAAUCCACCCAGCUUUUGAAAAGUUUUUCAAUUCUUUGAUGUUGAGUAUUUAUGAAAAAUAGGAGAAAGAAGAAAAUAGAUUAAUGAAUUGA